GGAAGAAGAUCUUGUUUGGUGAAGUAUACAUAACAUAUAUUUUCUUACUGUGCUUGGUUUUGCCGAUUCGUUUUGGAAGGGAUUCUCUUCUAUCAUUGUUAUAUAGUGCCCACUUUUGAAGGGGGACUGUUUGAAGUACCCAAAUGUGCGAAUCAGGCGUAGAUCUUGGCUUCGAUCUUCUUGAAGAGGGAUUCCAAGACGAAACAAACGAAUUUGGGAGAGCCUUUUACGAGUUGAAAUCACGAAUUGUCGAGCCUCUAGAAAGUUCUCAAGAAACCUCUGUGUUGGGACUGCUUUUAAAAAGUGGAAGUGUUGCUCAGACAACUCCAAAGAAAACAAUGACRUCCCCAAUGACAAGAACAGUAUURAAACAGCAGCUGCAGAGACAGCAACUAGAGCAACUGGAACAACUGGAGAAAUGUGAAAAGAGAAGGACUCAAAGUUUACAAACUGUACCAGAGACACCAAGUAUAGCUGUACCAGCAAACACUCUCCCUUCUGCUCCAGUUAUCCCUGAAGUUCCAACAAGUGUUUUACAAGURAAAACUAAGCUUGAAAAUCCAACUCGUUAUUAUGUCAAACAACAAAGAGAAAGACAGGUUAAAGAAUUUCUUGAAAGAUCUCAGACUAUGUCACUACCAGCACACUUUACUAUGGACACAACAAAAGCAAUAAAUGUAAUCUCGAAUAGUCAGCCAACAUUAAAUGCAAUAAAUCAACAAGCUGUUGCAAGCUUAGCCGCAAACAGAGUUAAACAGCCUCCACAAAGUCCCAUGGCAGUAACAAGUCCUAAUAGUGUUGGUAACAAUGAGGAUCUUCAUGUUGACAGCCUACUUGAUGAUAUCAUAAGUCUGGAAUCCAAUAACCUUGAUGAAGGAUUAUCGUGGCAGGACCCACAGCAAAUACCCACAGCAAGCAGUAUGUAUGACUUGUAUGGUGGCCUUGGYCUAACACCAAUGGGAAAUUCUUCGGGAGCAGCACCUUCUUCUUGUCCAGCUAUAUUAAACGAAACUUUGGAUCCACAGGCAAUGGCACGUGAUAGGCAAAAGAAAGACAAUCACAACAUGAUUGAAAGAAGAAGAAGAUUUAAUAUCAAUGAUCGUAUUAAAGAACUAGGCACCAUGUUACCGAAACAAGAUGCGGACAUGCGACAAAAUAAAGGAACGAUAUUGAAGUCUUCAGUGGAUUAUAUUAAAAAUUUAAAGKGGGAACUUGAUAGAAUGAACCAGAUCGACGAAGAAAAGAGACAACUUGAAGAGAUCAACAGAAAAUUGCUGUUACGAGUACAGGAGCUAGAGAUGCAUGCCCGAGCACAUGGCAUUCCAACAACUCCACUAACAUCCGACACAAGCACGGCAUUGUUAUCGACCAUACUCACAGCGAAAGCUGAACCAAAGUCGACGUUCACUAACUGUGGCGUGAAGAUCAAACAAGAACCUAUUGAUCCAACAGAACCCAUGGAUUCACUGUCGAUGGCAUCGUCUCGAAARCCCAGUCCAGGAAGCGUGGAUAUGGAUGAUGAAGACUUAUGAUUGCCCCAUUAAUCCUCGGCAAUACUUUCACAACAAUGGCAGCACUCGAGCAAUUUGAGUGACUCCACUAUGAAGUUCUCGGCCCACUUGUCUUUCAAUAUUUCAAGAAAGAACUCAGAAACACCUUUCUAGAGGGUAAUGCAAUGAGCAACAAACAAGAAUCAACAUACUUCGGACUCUGUAAUACAACUACUAUUCAGGGUCAACAAACGACAAAAGAACUUUCCAAGAGGAAUUGAAGUAGUUAUAGAGGUUAACUAGCAAAGAAUUUUUACAUAUUUUUUAUUUAAAUGAUGUCUACUCCCCGAGUUGGUAGUACAUAACGUCACAUUUUAUAAAUUUGGAUGUUUUUGGACAUUAUCACUAUAACCAUGAACUGACAUCGUCACAUAUAUCUUUAGUAAACACCUAAAAUUCACGAAAGAAGCCAAGCUUAGAAAAAAUGAACAGCAGCCAUAAAUUUGAAUUCAUCUUUAAUAKUAUGCCAUUAUUUGUGUUAAUAUUUUCUGGUAUAACGGAAAAUGCAUGAGCUUAGAUGAGUAGGAUUCGAGCGUCAACUAUAUCAUAAUUGAGGGAAAAGUAGUGUACCGUUAAGUUGGUUCGGUAAUUAUCAUGUCAUAAAAGAGUCAAAUGUCAAAAAAAUAAUCAAGAUGAUUAAACUGGAAACAGUGAUUAAAUAAAUGUUUUUUUUAGUCAUG